CUGGCCGCGGCGGCGGGAGGCGGGUGACCCGCGGAGGGGCGCCUCGGCCAUGACUGCGGAGCUGCAGCAGGACGACGCGGCCGGAGCAGCCGACCGCCACGGCUCGAGCUGCCAAAUGCUGUUAAAUCAACUGAGGGAAAUCACAGGCAUUCAGGACCCUUCUUUUCUUCAUGAAGCUCUGAAGGCCAGUAAUGGUGACAUCACCCGGGCAGUCAGCCUUCUCACUGACGAAAGAGUUAAGGAGCCCAGCCAGGAGACUGCUGCUACCGAACCAUCUGAAGUAGCGGGCAGUGCUGCCAGCAAAGAAGAAUUAGCAAAAGUAAUAGACCUUACUCAUGAUAACAAAGAUGAUCUUCAGGCCGCCAUUGCUUUGAGUCUGCUGGAGUCCCCCAAAAUUCAAGCUGAUGGAAGAGAUCUUAACAGGAUGCACGAGGCAACCUCUGCAGAAACUAAACGCUCAAAGAGAAAACGCUGUGAAGUCUGGGGAGAAAAUCCCAAUCCCAACGACUGGAGGCGAGUUGAUGGUUGGCCCGUUGGGCUGAAAAACGUUGGCAAUACAUGUUGGUUUAGUGCUGUUAUUCAGUCUCUGUUUCAAUUGCCUGAAUUCCGAAGACUUGUCCUCAGCUAUAGCCUACCACAGAACGUACUUGAAAAUUGUCCAAGUCACACGGAAAAGAGAAAUAUCGUGUUUAUGCAAGAGCUUCAGUAUUUGUUUGCUCUGAUGAUGGGAUCAAAUCGCAAGUUUGUAGACCCUUCAGCAGCCCUGGACCUCUUAAAGGGGGCAUUCCGAUCGCCUGAGGAGCAGCAGCAAGAUGUGAGUGAAUUCACACACAAGCUCCUGGAUUGGCUAGAGGACGCAUUCCAGCUAGCUGUUAAUGUUAACAGCAAUCCCAGGAACAAAUCUGAAAAUCCAAUGGUGCAGCUAUUCUACGGUACUUUCCUCACUGAAGGGAUUCAUGAAGGGAAGCCCUUUUGUAACAAUGAGACCUUCGGCCAGUAUCCCCUUCAGGUAAAUGGUUAUCGCAACUUAGACGAAUGUUUGGAAGGGGCCAUGGUGGAGGGUGACAUUGAGCUGCUUCCUUCCGAUCAUUCAGUGAAAUAUGGACAAGAGCGUUGGUUUACAAAACUACCUCCGGUGUUGACCUUUGAACUCUCAAGAUUUGAGUUCAAUCAGUCCCUUGGUCAGCCAGAGAAAAUUCACAAUAAGCUGGAAUUUCCUCAGAUCAUUUAUAUGGACAGGUACAUGUACAGGAGCAAAGAGCUUGUUCGAAGUAAAAGAGAGUGUAUUCGAAAGUUGAAAGAGGAAAUAAAAGUUCUGCAGCAAAAACUGGAAAGGUAUGUGAAGUACGGCUCGGGCCCGGCUCGGUUCCCACUCCCGGACAUGCUGAAAUAUGUUAUUGAAUUUGCUAGUACAAAACCUGCCUCAGAAAACUCUGCAUCUCAAAGUGAUGCACGCGUGACGUUACCACUUUCUUCUGCGCACUGCCCGGCUUCUGACCUGAUAUCCAAGGAAAGUACAAGUAAAGAGAGCACGUCUCAAGAUGCUGAAAGUACCUUUUCUUCUGAAGAUUCUCUACACAAGUCUAAGAUGGCGAAUCAGCCACUUAUACCUUCCCGAUCUUGCAUGGAAAUGCCCUCACACCCAGCUCCUCGAACGGUCACAGAUGAGGAGAUAAACUUUGUUAAGACCUGCCUUCAGAGGUGGAGGAGCGAGAUUGAACAAGAUAUACAAGAUUUAAAGAACUGUAUUGCAAGCACUACCCAGACUAUUGAGCAGAUGUACUGUGAUCCUCUCCUCCGUCAGGUGCCUUAUCGUUUGCAUGCAGUUCUUGUUCAUGAAGGACAAGCAAAUGCAGGACACUACUGGGCCUAUAUCUAUAAUCAGCCCCGACAAGUCUGGCUCAAGUACAACGACAUCUCUGUUACCGAGUCUUCCUGGGAAGAACUUGAAAGAGAUUCCUAUGGGGGCCUGAGAAAUGUUAGUGCUUACUGCCUGAUGUACAUUAACGACAAGCUACCCCACUUCAGUGCAGAGGCGGCCCCGAAUGAAUUAGAUCAGAUGUCAGGAGAAGUGGAAGCCCUCUCUGUUGAACUUAAGCAUUACAUUCAGGAAGAUAACUGGAGGUUUGAGCAGGAAGUAGAGGAGUGGGAAGAAGAGCAGUCUUGCAAAAUCCCCCAAAUGGAGUCUUCCACCAGCUCAGCAUCACAGGAUUUCUCUCCAUCACAAGAGUCUUCCGUCGCCUCUUCCCACGGGGCUCGCUGCCUGUCCUCCGAGCAUGCCGUGAUUGUGAAGGAGCAGACCGCUCAGGCUAUUGCAAACACGGCACGCGCCUACGAGAAGAGUGGUGUGGAAGCAGCGUUGAGUGAGCUUAAGGAAGCUGAACCCCAGAAGCCCAUGUCCCCGGAAACAGACCUUGCAGAGCAGCCCGAGCAGCCCGCACAGGCUUGUGACGCAGAGUCUGCUGCCCAGCCUAAUGCUGAGGUCUCUGAAGUCGAGAUUCCCAGUGUGGGAAGGAUUCUGGUUAGAUCUGAUGCAGAUGGAUAUGAUGAGGAGGUGAUGCUGAGCCCUGCCAUGCAAGGGGUCAUCCUGGCCAUAGCUAAAGCCCGUCAGACCUUUGACCGAGAUGGGUCUGAAGCAGGGCUUAUUAAGGCAUUCCAUGAAGAGUACUCCAGGCUCUAUCAGCUCGCCAAAGAGACCCCCACCUCUCACAGUGAUCCUCGACUUCAGCAUGUGCUUGUCUACUUCUUCCAGAAUGAAGCGCCUAAAAGGGUAGUAGAGCGGACCCUUCUGGAACAAUUUGCAGACAAAAAUCUUAGCUAUGAUGAAAGGUCAAUCAGUAUUAUGAAGGUGGCUCAAGCGAAAUUGAAGGAGAUUGGUCCAGAUGACAUGAAUAUGGAGGAGUACAAGAAGUGGCAUGAAGAUUACAGUUUGUUUCGAAAGGUGUCUGUGUAUCUCCUGACAGGCCUGGAACUCUAUCAGAAAGGAAAGUACCAAGAGGCGCUUUCCUACCUGGUGUACGCCUACCAGAGCAAUGCCGCUCUGCUGAUGAAGGGGCCCCGGCGGGGCGUGAAAGAGUCGGUGAUCGCCUUAUACCGAAGAAAAUGCCUUCUGGAGCUGAAUGCCAAAGCGGCUUCUCUCUUUGAAACAAAUGAUGAGCACUCUGUAACAGAGGGUAUUAAUGUGAUGAAUGAGUUGAUCAUUCCCUGCAUUCACCUUAUCAUUAAUAACGACAUCUCCAAGGAUGACUUGGAUGCCAUUGAGAUCAUGAGAAACCACUGGUGCUCUUACCUUGGGCAAGAUAUUGCAGAAAAUCUGCAGCUGUGCUUAGGGGAGUUUCUACCCAGACUUCUAGAUCCUUCUGCAGAAAUCAUUGUCUUAAAGGAGCCUCCAACUAUUCGACCCAAUUCGCCCUAUGACCUUUGUAGCAGGUUUGCAGCUGUCAUGGAGUCAAUUCAAGGAGUGUCAACUGUGACAGUGAAAUAAGCUCCCACGUGUUCAAGUCCCAUCCUGGUCGUUGGUUGACUGUCUGUUGCACAGAAGUCUGUCUGUUGUCACAGUGUUUACCUUGGGAAAGGGAUUAGGUGGAAAAGUAAGAUUCAGAUCCAGACCCCAACCAUGCUGUGUAUGUAAAGAAGGAUUGAAAAUAAAAUUGCACUUUUUAGGUACAGAAUCAUAAAAGCGAUUUCACUAAAAAAAAGGCAGGAACCAGUGUAUUAAGGUAUUGAUUUAUGGCAGAAGACCUGAAAUGCCUCUUGUACCUACAAGCGUGCUUGGGCUUUUCUAAACCUCUUGACACUUUUAAAAUUAUCCUUCAGGCAUAAGUAUUUUUGACAGCAGAGUAGAAGGGUGAUUCAUCAGAACCUGAACCAUAUGAACAGCUACUAGUUAUUUUAUCAAAUACAGAUGACAUUAAAAAAUUCUUAACUGCAAGAGAGGAGAAGUAUACACCUUGCCUGGCUCUUGACAGGAGAUGACAAAAUAGGUUGUUGAUGAACCACUACCCUUUCACACGUGGGUAGAACAUAAGGUCAUGCAUGUGGCAGUAAGAUGUUCAAAAGUCAAAAGAAAGCUGCCUCUCCUUUCUUUCUUCUCUCUCUUUUAUUUUAUAUUUUUAAAUAAACCAGAAAACCUCAUACUCAGUCCUGAGUGAAAGAAAGGAAAGCAUUAAGGACUUCAGACGGAGUAAGAGCAUUGUGAAACUUGACUAAAGAUCACGUUUUCAUAGUUAACCAUUUAGGUAAAAUUUUCUAGUGUCUGAAAAUUGUCAAAACCCAUGUCUAAGGCUGCUGCUGGCCCAGAAGAACAUUUUGAUGCCCCUCCCCUUUUUUGCUUUUAAAAAAUAAGGGAUGUGGGUUUGUAAAAAAAAAAAAAAAUCUAUAUAUAUAUGUAUAUGUAGAGAGAGAAAUAUCCCCUGUUGAUCAUUUUUAAAAGGCUCCAAAUUGGGUAUCCAAAUUUUAAGAUUAAUGAGGGAAUCGUGGGAGGGAAAAACACUU